CCAGCCCUGCUGGGGCGCGACGAUGGAGGAGCCGCAGCGCGUCCGUUCGCACACCGUCACCACCACCGCCAGCUCCUUCGCCGAGAACUUCUCCACCAGCAGCAGCAGCUUCGCCUACGACCGGGAGUUCCUCCGCACCCUACCCGGGCUCCUCAUAGUGGCCGAGAUCGUCCUAGGACUGCUGGUAUGGACACUUAUUGCUGGAACUGAGUACUUCAGGGUCCCUGCAUUCGGCUGGGUCAUGUUUGUAGCUGUGUUUUACUGGGUCCUCACCGUCUUCUUCCUCAUUGUCUACAUAACAAUGACCUACACCAGGAUUCCCCAGGUGCCCUGGACAACGGUGGGUCUGUGCUUUAAUGGCAGUGCCUUCGUCUUAUACCUCUCUGCCGCUGUUGUGGAUGCAUCUUCUGUCUCCCCAGAGAGGGACAGUCACAACUUCAACAGCUGGGCAGCCUCCUCGUUCUUUGCCUUCCUGGUCACCAUCUGCUAUGCUGGAAACACAUAUUUCAGUUUUAUAGCAUGGAGAUCCAGGACCAUUCAGUGA